AUGGCCAGUCGCGUUGACUCGACUAUGCCGUCUACAAGGCGACCGCGCAAGUCGACUGGUCAUUCGCCAGUGAGAAAGAGAAUGGAGAAAGAAAACAUCACCGUGGACGUGGCUAGCACUUUGGCUGGUAAUGGAGGCCGAAAGAAGUCACGGAGCAAGAGUGUGGGACCUGGCGGCUUGGACAUUCUGAAGUCUGGCUCUGGCAACCGACGCGUGUCGAUGGCCGCGCCGGUGAAACCUCCACCAAGAUCAAUCCUCAAGCCGACGAUCCCCCCCUUGCCAGAAAUACCUCCUCAUAAGCCCAAAUUCUCUGUUCGAAGAUCACUGACGUUGGAGGUUCAGGGAGGCGAAAAGCUGUCGAAUCCCUUUCAGAAUGACGACUCAUCGUCGUCGGGCACCAAAAUCGCGCUUCGUACCGAGGAGGAACAACAAGCUGCUGCGCGUGAACGUGAAGAGCGAGAGAGGGCGGCGCUGGAGAAGGAGAUCAAGGAUCGACGCGAAGCUCGGAGGAAGUCUCUGGCAAACCGACGCGUAUCGUUUGCGGCAGAGGCAACACUGCACACUUUUCACGAAAUCGAGUAUAUGCAAGACUCGACAACCUCGACAGAUUCCACAAGAAGAGCGUCGUCGUUGGCAGCGCAAUCACCGGCUGUCCCAGAUUCAAACGCGCAACCAUCUGAUCCACCGUCAACUCCGCCCGAGCAAGUCGAAGACAUUGUUCCGGAUUCGCCAGAACACCAAAGAGACCUGCAUCAGAAGAAGCGGCGAAGGAGCUCCGUUUCGGCUCCACUGGAGUACAACAACCCUGAUGACCUGACUCUCGCCUCGAGUGUCUAUAGUUCAGACUCUGAUGGCGCAGACGGCGUCAUCGAGGCAGAGGUUGGAUCAGACUCUGGCAGCGAUUCAGAUGCUGACGGCGUGUCAAUGGAUCUCGAUGUCGAUGAGAUGACAGGCACGUCUAUGGCGUCUGCCAUGUCAGCUCGUUCCGGCUUCACUGAAGACUCGAACGACACGUUGGACGGCGCCCUCAGACUUGCCACUCGGAGGGCAGAGACCCAACAGUUAGACGAGGAAGAAGAGAUCAUCCCUUCGUUUGCUUGGGCGAAGAAACCAGCACCGAAGCAAGCAAGUCCAGCACGGGACCAGGAAAGCGUAGCAAAUGGAUUCAAUGGUGGUGAUGACGAAGACAGCGACGAGGACGACAUGGAAAUGGACAUGGAUAUGACGAGUGCGGUUGGCGGUAUCAUCGAAGCCAGGGACGACUCCCAGGAUGAUAUCCAGGAAGAGGAAAUGUCAAUGGACGUCACCCGAGCUUUGGGUGGUAUUCUCCCUCAGCGCACCAAGCAGAUGGUUGCGCAAUCAGCCAGCCUAGAAAGCCCGGGAGACGGCUCCUUGAUGGAGGACAGCACUAUGGACCUCACUAGGGCGAUUGGUGUUAUUCGGAAAACCUCGCAACCCGAAAAUGAUCUGAUCGAGUAUGAGGAGGACGAAGAUAUGUCGAUGGAACUCACCACCAUUAUGGGUGGCGUUUUGCCAACGAGCAAACCGAAUCCUGUGAAGCGUAGACCACUGGGCCGGCGCCGCACAAUGGCUGGCGAUGAUGAGGCUACCAUGGACAUGACAGUUGGUUUGGGUCGCAUUCUCCCACCCGAUCAAGAUGACGGUGAGGAUGAAGACGCCACGAUGGGAAUGGAGAUGACUAUGGCGAUGGGUGGUAUCAUCAAAGGGCCAUCUCCUUUGAAGGACCGCACUCAGGCCAAGCAGCUUAUGGAGCUGGAAGCCGAUAAUGCUGGCAGCACUCCCGUGCUGAGCUCCCCCACGAAGAGACGCCUUUGCGAUGUUUUUGGUACAACAAAUACCUCGGAGGCUGGCAGCCCUGGCUUGUCCGCUUUCAAAGGCAAUGGGCUUCGUCGCAGUCAAAAUUGGCGAGCCCCAGGAAGCUCUCAAGGUAAAUCACCAGCUCGAAAUACAUCAGCAUCCAAGUCUGCCACUCCCAGGCAGGCAGCGACACCAACGACGCCGCGUCAGUCCAGCCCGUUGAGAACACCACAACAGUCCAGCCCAUUGAAGACGCCUCAACAGUCAAGUCCAUUAAAGACGCCGCUCUCGAGUAAGCGCAAGGGGGGACGCCCUGGCUCUCCCCAGCGGCCAAGUCCAGACAGGCCAUCGACUACCCCUGAAUCAGCUACCCACCCUACCCCCAAGACAUCAAUCUUUCAACAAGAUCCCUCCACUGGUGUGGCAACACCGCAGGUUGUCUUGACUCCUCAAACCCGACGACUUUCCGGCGUCGGCGCCGAUAGACCAGGUCUUGGAUCUCCCAAGAUUGCGGCGAUUCUUGAGCGACGUGCCUCCAUCAGUCAAUCAGCACAUGAGUUUGUUCCUCAACAUGGUCCCAGAGUCGUCAAAUUCGCGGACCCUCGGGCCAUGGAGGCAGAAGUGGACAAGGAUCUUCAACGGGAGAUUGACAAGGAAAGCGGGCGCAAGAUCCUAGAGAGAGAAGCUGAUGGCGUGGACGAUGAAACUACUACGACGACCUUGAAGGACAUGAUCUCAAAUAUGACACCGAAGAAAAGCCAUCUGAAAAGCCGAAAGAGCCUGCACGUGGGCAGUGCUAAGGGACUCCUCGGGAAGCGCCCAGCCGAACUCGACGAUGAAGAUGAAUUUGAGGACAGGGAUGGAAUUAAGAGACUCAAAGGUCACCAAAGCAGUCCCGUCAAGAACGUCCGGCUGCACGCGCCGCCCACGAAAGAAGAGACAACUGGCCACUUGACCCGGUCAGCUGCAAAGCCUGUUGAUGAGGCCACGUUUAUCACCACGACGCCUACACUAAGGCUCUCGGCCCAGAAGGGGUCGAAAGGCCCAUCCUCUUUCGACGGCAAAGCGGGCAAGGCACGCUUCAAGGAUGUACAAUCCGACGAGCCCACAGGCACCUUCAGCUUUGAUGACGCUCCUGCGAUGGCUGACCCCGAAGCCGAAGGGGAACACGAUGACGGGGAGAGAAUUCAGCUGCAAGACUUCCUAAACAUGACGAGCAUUCGGUUCAUGGAGCUGACGACGACAAAACGACGACACACCCAAGCGCCUACGAUACAAAAAGGUUUCUUCCCGGAAAAGGAGGAUAUUUCGUUGGAGAGAUGCGUGGUAGCUGGCGUUUGCACUGUCCCGAUGCUCGAGUUGUAUCAGCAUUCUUGCCGAGAGUUGAAGAAAUACAUUUCGGAAGGAAGAAGAGUUGUGCGUGGGAUUGAGACGGACACUCUGGAAGAGAACCCGCCGCUCUUCCGCGAAUACAUGUCGGCAACACCCGAGUUCAAGGCGUUGAUGGACAACCAGUUCAAGAACGUCAAGACGCAUGCGCGAUUGAUAAGCAAGAACAUGUGGUACGAUUGGCGCACGCAGCUCCAGGUCGGUCUCAAACAGGGCCUGAUAAGCCAUGCGGACGGAAUGAUAGAGGAUGAGAAGCUUCUGCGUAAGCAGCAAGCACUGCUCGAUUCUGUCCUGCCAGACAUGGUGAAGAGAUUGCAGUCUCUCGAGCUUGAACGCGAUAACCUCGAGUCUGUGGCUCAAGAGCUGGCAGACUGUGACCCUGAUGACCUUCAGGCUGCUCGAGCUGAGCUUACGGAAGUCGAUUCUGACAUUCAAGUGAAAAUGUGGAAGAUCGAUGACCUUCGUCAGCAAUUGACACAAACUGAGUCGAGCAUUGGUGAAGUGUCGCAGAGAAAAGAGCAAUGCAUCGGCGAGAUUGGAGAAGCAGAGAGAGUCCGAGAGGAAUGCAGAGGAUGGACUUCUAAGGAAAUCAGUUCUCUCAAAGCCCGGGCCGAUGAGCUCGAGGAGAAGCACGGCUGGGCCAUCACGGGCAUUGCUGACACGACAAUCUCCAUGACGUACCGACGCGAAGUCGAGCUGGUGUUCGACAUGUCGUCGUUCCAGGGCCAAGCCGGAGCGGCCACGGACUCGCGCAUUGACCUGUGGUACAUUGCGGCCAAUCGGGAGCGCAGCCCGCAGCCGGCGUCGCCCGAAAGGGAAUUCUUCGUGCAGUGUAUCCGGGAUCACGUGCGCGCCAUGGGCCGGCCCCACACGUCGCCCCACACCAACGUCCACAUCAUGCUGGACGCCGUUAGCGCCGCGUGGCAGAAGGCCAAUCACGUCGUAGAGAACGUGCGGCUCUUGAACUGCACCUUUCCGACCAACGUCACCCGGACCUCGGAUUCCUCCAUCGCCGUCUCUGCCACGCUCCUCCUGUCUACCCUGGAGACCAAAGUCGUGAUCGUGCUCGGCUUGCGUGGGCAGAGCUCGCGGGAUGGUGUGCACUUCUCCGUUGUCCCGCAGGCGCAGGUCGUGUACGGGGAGCACUUCAAGGUCGAGAAGCUUGUCGACUAUCUGGCCACUCGCAUCGGGGACGGAGUUGUCACAAAACAGGAGAAUGGCGAGGUCGAGUCUUGGAGCGAUGUUAUUGUCGAAUUGCAUGAGAGACUGUCGGCCAGGACGAAGAAGUGA